CAAUGGCUACCACCCUCACUGUCUUCUUUGUUGUUCUCUUUCUUGCUCUCAUUGGCCAAGGAUAUUGUAAAUGCACGUUGGCUGAUGUGAAAAUCAUCCAAACACAAACCGGGAAAACAGUGGAAAACAAGCCAGAGUGGAAAGCCACAGUAAAAAACGAUUGUAUCUGCACUCAGUCUGAUUUGAAGCUCAGUUGCGACGGGUUUCAGACGGUGGAGGCCAUCGAUUCUUCGUUGAUGGCGAAAACUGGUGCCGAAUGCUUGAUAAACGGCGGCCAACCGGUGGCUUCUUCCAGUAACUUGAGCUUCAACUAUGCAUGGGAUACUUCAUUUCCUUUCAAGCCCUUGUCUUCGCAAAUCAACUGUUCUUAAAAUCUUGAAUCCAAAAGUAGGGUUUUUUGAAUUUCAAUGUUGCCUUUUUGCUUACCAAUUUCAAUAAUGCAAUGAAGAGCUAAUAUGAUAUUAUAUUAAAUCCCCAAAAAAGAUAUUACUUAGGAAAACAUUAUGUGCAGUACUGAACUCCUAACUUUGAAUGUUGAACCAAUGUCAAGUUAAAAACAAGGUGUGAUAGUAAUACCCGCAGCUGUAAUCGAAUCAAAGCUCAAACAGUAAGAAGCUUGAGUUUUUAGUCUUAGCAAGUAGGGAACUCGAAUCUUACUAUUU